ACUGCGGAUUGGUAAGAACCUCCCCGGCAUGUGUUUGGCUGUUGAUGUUACUCCGCUGACUGAGUGAGCCCUUUAACAAUGGGACGAAAAGUAACUGUGUGUGUGAAGACUGAAUAAAGUUUUACAUGGAGCGUUUAGCUAAAGAGCAGCGUCUGAAGCAGCUUCAGAGAAAAAAUCAAGUCAAGCCAGGCUAAAACUCCUUUCAAGAAAAAGACAAAGAAAAGUUUUAAAUCAACGUUAACAGUAUUUAAUGGGUUAAUCGCAGGAAUGUAUUUAUAAAGGGUUGAUAAUGAUUAUCAUCAUCAUCAGAAGUUGUGAAGACCUGCAAAUUGCAAUAACAGACUCGAAAAAAGGGAGUUGGGAGAAGCUGAUGGGUUGCUAUAUUGGACUAAAGUAACCCGGAUAGAUCUAUUCCACGUCUUGAAGUCGAAUAAAGGAAAUUGUAAGGACCUGCUGGACAUCUUGAUACUCCCAUGGAGCUUCAGGGCCAAUGGUGGAAAGGACAACUGGCUGCAGACAUAUACCAGGCUCUCCGCAGUAAAGAACUAAAACUGCCAUCUUACAAAGGCCAGUCUCCACAGCUUAACCUCAGGCGUUACUUUGCAGACUUGAUAGCCAUAGUAAGCAAUCGCUUCAGACUGUGCCCAACAGCUAGACAUCUUGCUGUCUAUUUAUUGGACUUGUUUAUGGAUCGUUAUGACAUCUCUGUCCAACAGCUCCAUGUGGUGGCUCUCUCUUGUUUGCUUUUGGCUAGUAAAUUUGAAGAAAAGGAAGAUCGUGUACCUAAACUUGAGCAACUUAACAGCCUGGGCUGUAUGACCAACAUGAACUUGGUAUUAACAAAACAAAGCCUUCUGCAUAUGGAACUGUUGCUGCUAGAGACCUUUCAGUGGAACUUGUAUUUACCCACUGCUGCUCACUUUAUUGACUACUAUCUAUCAAUUGCAGUUCAUGAAACUGAUCUGCAUGAUGGGUGGCCAAUGGUUUGCCUGGAGAAAACAAAACUGUAUAUGGCAAAGUAUGGAGAUUACUUUCUUGAAGUAUCAUUGCAAGAUCAUGUAUUUUUAAAUUACGCUCCUUCAUUAGUUGCUGCUGCUUGUGUAGGAUCUUCAAGGAUUAUCCUUCGCCUAUCACCAACUUGGCCAACUCGACUACACCGCCUUACUGGCUAUUCUUGGGACCUUUUAAUACCCUGUGUAGAGCGAUUGUUAAUUGCACAUGAUAACGAUGUGAAAGAAGCAAACAAACAAAAACUCCAACAUCCAAACUCCCAGACUGGCCAUACAGUGUUUCCUGCACAAACCCAAGUCAAUGCUGCACCACAGAUGCAUCAGACGGUCCCCCAGUACAUCUCUCGACAACCGCUCCAGUAUCAACAACAGAACUGCCAGCAGCUUUUGUCGGCAUACACAAUACAGCCCCAUACUACUGGUUUACAAGCCAGUAUUCAGCCUCAUGGACAUAUACAAGCUGUAACUGGCCUGACACUACCUGCUGCUUUGGAUGUUAAAGUCAAUGCGCCCUAUAACAGGGCCUACCAAGUUAAUGGACACUAUGCAUGUACUGCACCCUGUUUCGACAGGUGAUGCAUCUCUCUAAAAUACCUUGUGGAAAUACCUUGGAAAGUGUUUAUGAAACCUUUUCUUGUGUUAACAUUUAAGUAAGAUGACUGAAAAUUGCAGGUUUGGACGGCAUUCUGUGAACUACAUGAAGAUGUGUCAAGUGUAAACUUAACAAACCUAUGCUUUUUUUUUAAAAAAAAAAGAAGAAGAAAAAGAAAAAAAAAAUGGAGAAAAUAUUUGGCAUUAUUCUGUAACCUAUCCUUGAACAGCAUGUGCAAUAUUAUUGAAGUCUAUGAGUGAUCGAACAUUAAUUCUGUCUUUCACAUGUAUGCCUAAAGAUUUUAAUAUUGGAGAUACUGUGAUUUGCUUUUUUUUUUUUUUUUAACUAAUAUUGCUGGUGAGCAGAGAGCAGAAAACCUGCAACCACGGAAUUCUUAUAUCUGUAUACAGAUUGAAAUAAGAGAUUAGAAAACUGUACACAGUUAAGUAUCUGGGCGGUGUGUGUCUGUAUGUAUGUGUACGUUUAGGAAGGCUGAAUGGAAAAGGACAAUUCUGGGUUCUAAUGACCAAAAAUGGUUUGCAGUAUUAGAUCAAGUCUACCUCAAAUGAAAUGAAUGUAAUCUUCCACUCAAGAAUAUUCUUCAUAAAAUAUUUAUUAUAAUUAUCACUGCAGAAGUAUUCCAGUGUACUGGUUUAAUUGAUUCUUUCAUACUGAUUACUUGAAUAUGCAUUUUGCUUUCUUUUUUUUUUUUUUUUUUUUUUUUUCUUAAGUUGAAAAUGUUUCAACUUUUUGAUGGAUUGGCUACUGUACAGUCGUAGAUGUGCCAGUGAAUAUUGAAUAUUUCCGACCAUUACCUCUUCAGCUGAGAUCAUUUUGGUUCCGGUUUUAUGUUGACACUAUAUAAGUUCAUUUUCUUCAGUGGAAGAAAUUCUUAUUUGUUUUGCUGUUUAUGUAAAAUAAUAAUGAGUGUCUGUCAUUUCAUAGGGAACAUCUAAUGUUUUUCUAUACACAUUUUUAAACAUUGAAUAUACUUUGGGAAGUGCUAUGCACUUUAAAUAGAUGUGGGUUUUUUUUUUUUUUUAAAUAAAUUCAGGUUUCUCUUUUUUCAUUUGUUUCCUAAACUAUAGUAUUUUUAAACACUCAUGUUACAGAUUAACUUAGUUUUAUUCUUUACAUUACAAUGAAAACUGAUUCAGCUGUAGAUAGGGCUAAAGACAUCCCACUUAGAGUCAUUUUAUAUAAUAAUCAAGGUUCAGAGCUUAUUGUACCAAAUAUUUAUUUACAGAUGUACUGAACACAGGACAUUAUUGGAUUGUUCUAUGUUAAAGCUACUCAAUAAACCUAGACUAGCUAAAUCAAAUGUGGUCAUUCUUAAUGUUGAAGUUGUAGACAGAAGGCCAAAUCACUUUCCAAAAACAUGGAAUAAUUUCACUAGUGUCACAUGAUCGCAUCAACUCCGAAACGAAAACAUAAAUACGUAAUUUACGCCAAUACGUAAAUGCUUUAAAAAUGAAAGGAACUUUCAGUAACCUUAACAUGGGUGGGGAAAAAUGGGUUUUGGAAAAUUAAUGACGUUUUUGCCAUUAAGAAGAUUCUUUGCACAUCUCUCUAUCCAUUCUCUGGCUUGAACCCAUGACACUUGCCACUCAGUUCAUAACAGGUAAGGUGACUUGCUUACGCGGGCAUAACAUCCAAUAGCUAAGAAACUAUCCUUGGCCCUGUGUGUAAGAUGAUGUUGCUGCACUAUUCAAUGCAACAGAUUCAUUCCUUAAUGCUGUAGUAGCAUACAUUUUGUUGCCCAUUUUGUUAAAAUUUCAAGAUUGCCAGUUAAUUUGCUAAAAAGGCAAAAUAUUCAAGCUUCAUGAAGACACAUAUAAAUAAUAAAAGAAAAUUGGCCACAGUACAAAUCUUAGUAACACUGUAAAGAACAUCUACAUUUUAUAAUGUCAAUUAACAAAAUGUCCAUUGUGCUUGCCUUAAAUAGCUUGUUACCACAGCAGCUUCUGUGUGUUAAUGUUUUAAUGUCUUAAUGUUUUAUGUAUUAUAAUAAAAUGACAAAAUUAA